CUAUCUCCCUUCAUAGACAUCUGGGUUUUCUGAGCCUCCCCAUUUUCUUCUCUCUUUAGCUAAAACAUGGCUCUAGUUGUAGUUGUCUCUCUCCCCUUGGUUCUCUUUGCAAUCCUACUUGGUGUAGGAUGUUAUUUCCUUGGGAGAGCCAAGGGAAGGAAAGAAAUGCGCACCCAUCACCACAUGUAUGGAAUGCCCACCACACCACCAAAAGGUGAAAUUUCUUCACCUCCUUCGACUCAUAUCAAGCCAGACAAUUCAACAACCAAUGUCUGAGUUACUGGGUGGAAAAACAGCAAACAGGUAAAAUAAAGAAAAAUAGAAGAUUUAUCAUAUCACUCCUCAUCUCAAUGGUUUGAAU